AUGUUUAAUAAUCGUAUUGUUGUACGUGGUGUUCAUUAUACACUUCAAGACGAGAUUGGUCAUGGUCUUCAUAGUAUUGUUUAUGGUGGUCAUGAUCUAGAUAAUGGCCAAUCAGUAGCUAUUAAAGUAAUAAAUCUUGCUCAUGGAUCAUUCCAUUCUAAAGCUGGAACAGAAUCUCGUCGACAAUCAUUUUGGAAAGAAAUUGAUAUGCUUUUAUAUUUACAAGCAUUAAAUCCAUAUGUUAUUCGUAUAUUUAAUUAUGAUAAUAAUGAUCAAUAUGGUACAAUUGUUAUGGAACUUGGUAAAACAUUUCGUGAUACUUUAUUGGAGCAUGUUCAUUCUAGAAUACCAAUACCACCAUUUCUUAUUCAUAGAUUUUGGUCACAAAUGGUUGAAGCUAUUUUUUAUUUACAUCGAAUUGGAAUUGUACAUGGUGAUUGUAAACCUGAAAAUUUCAUUCAAGUUGGUCCAGAUGAAACAUCAUUAAGACUUAUUGACAUGGGUAUAAGUUUUCAAUUACCACCAAAUGUUACAAGUCAUAUACAUACGGCUGCUGGAACACCAGAUUAUGUAUCUCCAGAAAUGGUUAAUUCUCGAAUUGGUCUAAGUUCUAAAUCAAAAUAUGGUUAUAAAGCUGAUAUAUGGGCACUUGGUGUUAUUUUAUAUGAAAUGGCAUUUGGCGUUCGACCUUUACAAGGUUUAGGUAGUAAUGCAACCAAAUUAAGCUUUUUAGGACAAUUACAAAGAAAUAUCAGCAUACCUAAUCAUCCUGAUAAAAAUCUACGUGAUAUUCUUAAACGUUGUUUACGUUCAAAUCCUCGUCGACGUCCAAAUAUCGAACAGUUAUUAAAUCAUCGAUAUUUGGCAGGAUGA